AUGCCUGCCGUAGGUAGUCGCUUACCUCUCGGCGUGUCUUACGCGCAGACAGCUUAUGCUGUGGGCGAUGAAGCGCUUGCACUGGAGCAGAUGAUCGAAUUGCAGGAUGGUUACAUAAAUAUGAUGCUGCGAGUAAUGAUAAACGAAUUUGAAAAUUUUAUUUUUAUUCUCUGUGCGAAUUACUGGUUGGACGCUUUUUUCAAGCACGUGGUGUUAUAUUGUCCGGAGCAUUGUCAGAGCCAGAAUUUUCUUGAACGUCAAGACGAUGGGAGAUGA